ACGACUUGACGAGCAAGAAGCGGCCGUCCUUUCGCAAGCCGGAGCGGUAACGUCCGACGAGUGGACUGGUUAAUGUUACUUCUGCCGCAAUUAGCCCAGCAAUAGACGGGAGAAAGUGCCUGUGACUCGCGGCCCAGCACUAGCCCGCGCGAAUGCGUCACAAGACCAGCGCAACUUGUUAGCGGAGCGUAGUCCGUGAGCUGUCUGGACACAUUUGUCCAGCGUGGCCAUUGCCUAGUCCAGUGCACUGGAGGCCAACACCAGCAAGUUCGACUUCAGCAGCAGUAGCUGGAUGCAGACUAAACAGCAGACCCAGCUCGAGACCUGCCGAGCUCAACGCAGCCACCAUCCAAACUAAGCCCCAGCGCACAGCACGCUCGGGAAAGCAGCAGUAGCAGCAGCAAGCAUCAUCAUCAACUCAAUACCAGCCCAUCCCAAUACAAGUCAGGCAUUAUCCAGACCGAGCAGCAGCCCAUUUCGGCUCACUCAGGAUCAACCAGAACACCAAGUACCAGGUCAGACCACGCGAAACCCAUCAGCAAACCCGACCCAGGCUGGUCCCAAAGCCAAGGCAAAUCUCAAACACAGGGCAGGCCAGGUGAGCCUCAACAUCAACACCGCCACCAAAUCUGGUGGCCGCGUCAGGGUUGAAGAGCGAAGAAACCAGAGAGAAAGAGAGAGAGGAGAGGGGUGGUGAGAUAGAAAGCCAUCGCGGUCACCAUGCUGGCCCGCGCGGUGCACUUCGUGGCCGUGCUGAGCGCCUUGCAAGUUGUGCGCACCGUGUGUAACGCGCCGCUCCGGGCACCGGGACACGCGGACGGUGGCGGUGGUGGUGGUGGCUUUUCAGUGGGGGCCUUGGGGCUGCCACCUGACCCGUGUCUGCGGCGCGCGACGCGCGGUGACCUCGUGCGAUUUCACUGCAACGGCAGCCUGGCGGACGGGACCCCGAUCGUUUCCAGCUCUAAGCGCCCUUGGCCGGAGACGGUGGCGCUGGGUGCUGGGGAACUGCCUGCGUGGCUGGAGCAGGCACUGCUGGGAAUGUGCGUCUCUGAGCGCCGCCUCGCAGUGCUUCCCCCAGACCUCGUGCAAGCAGCGCCAGCAUUCAAGGACGUGGUUCCCCUGGGCUCGACACUGCACCUGGAGCUGCUCCUGCUGGACGUGUGGAGCCUCUCUGACGAGGUGCAGGUGCGCACAGUGCGCCGAGGACCUGGCAACUGCAGCCGCACGGUGGAGACGUCCGACUACGUGCGCUACCACUACAACUGCACGCUGCUCGACGGCACAUUCGUCUCCAGCAGCCGCAGCCUCAAUGGGACGUACAACACGUACGUGGGCAUGGGCUGGCUCAUCCAAGGGAUGGACACUGGCCUCCUCGGAGCUUGUGUUGGGGAGGUGCGAGUGAUCACCAUCCCACCCUCACUUGGCUAUGCCGAAGAGGGCUCCGGUGAUACGGUCCCCUCUAAUGCUACGCUGGUGUUCACGUUGCAUCUCGUGGACCUGCACAACCCCCGCGACUCCGUCACCGUGGACUCCUACCUGGUUCCGGAGCCCUGCAGGCGCCGUGCUGCUAGCGGGGACUUUGUGCGCUAUCACUACAACUGCUCGCUGCUCGAUGGCACCGUCUUUGACAGCACGCAAACGUGGAACCAUACGUAUGACACAUACCUGGGCAAGGGCUUCAUCAUUGCGGGCAUGGAGGAGGGGUUGAUAGGUACCUGCAUUGGGGAGAGGCGCCUGCUCACCAUCCCACCCCACCUUGGCUACGGGGAGGCUGGCAUUGCGGGUAAGAUCCCGGGUUCGGCCGUGUUGUUGGUGAACGUGCACAUGGUGGACCUGCACAACCCUGCUGACAGUGUUGAUGUGGAGACCUACUCCAGCCCGCACGAGUGUGCGCACCGCGUACAGCUUGGGGACCUCAUCAGCAUGCACUACAACACCACCCUACUGGAUGGCACGCCGCUCUACUCCAGCCGGAAGACCGGCUGGACGUACGAGGCCAAGAUGGGCAGUGGGCAGCUCAUCCCAGGGCUGGAGGUGGGGAUGAAGGGGAUGUGCGUGAGCGAAAAGCGCUUCCUGACCAUCCCCCCGCAUCUGGCGUUCGGCGAGAAAGGCAUUGAGGGCGAGGUGCCGGGUAGCGCAGUGCUGCUCUUCGACAUUGAGCUCCUGCGGGCGGAGGAGGGCUUCCCGGACGGGUAUAUGUUCGUGUGGAAGGAGCGUGCGCCGCCGCUGCUCUUCCAGCAGUUCGAUGCCGACCAGGAUGGCCUCAUUGCACUUCAGGAGUUUUCGACCUUCAUCAAAAGCCAGGUGGCAUCGGGAGUCGGUCGUCUGGCUCCGGGCCAGGAGGCUGAGACCCUCAUCUCCGAAAUGUUCAAGAACCAGGACCGCGACGGUGACGGCUUCAUCAGCCCCACGGAGCUCAAGCUGAAGCGGGACGAGCUGGCACACGACGAGCUGUGAGCUGCCCCUGCAUCCUCUGCGAAGUGGCAAUCCAGGCGCCCCAACCCCCAUCUAAGCCCUCCGUCCCCUUACAACCUUGCCUCUGCGGGCUCUGAGACUGUUCAUGCUUAUGCGCGCUGAUUUGCGCAGGGUCUCAUACUCGUGUGUGUGUGUUAUGAGGAGCAGUGGCACAGUGGUUUGGCAUUGUGCUACAAACCCAGCAAUUUUUAUUUGAUUCCUCACCAUACACAUCAGUAGCAAAUGGGGGGAUGUAAACUUGUCCUAGACCUUCCCAAGGUUGACUCAGCCUUAAAUAAAUACCUGGUGUGGUGUGUGAACAUCACUGCUUGGAAGACAAAACAAUCCGGUUGUGGUGCUGGCUCCAAUCACUCUCUCGUGUGCCAUGCCAACCUUAGUAGGUGCUCACAGCAUCGGUAUAUGCAAGUAAACUGUGAGAUGGAAAUGUGGGAAAUAACACAGGUUGACAGCUAAUGACUCGAUUGAUUUUUGGGUUGGACCAUGUAAAGAUCUGGCAAAUGAGGUUCAUCAUUGUUUUCUUGUUUGGCAUUUCAUGAAAAGGAAUAUUUCAUUGUUUCAUAGAAAUGCUUUUGUUAUAAAUGAGAAUGCGUAAUGUUGUUUUCUGAACUUGGGUAUUCCAUGUGAGCACUUUGAUUUAUGAACAAGUUUGAAAAUGAUAACUUCAGAAUUCUUUAAGAUUAAAAAUAUCAAUUCCAAGGAUGUUACAUGCAUCAUGGGUAAAUAUUAAUCUGCACUAGAGCUGGAACAAUUAGUCAAUCAAGUCAAUGAAUCUACUUAAAAUUGUAAUGGGCAACUUUUUUGUUACUAAUUACAUGGGCCCCUUUAAGUGGCAGCCAGCCCCACAUACUGCCUUCGAAAGGCAGGAAACCCCCUGCAAGCCACGCCCAGAAUGACACAGCUGAUGAUACCAGCAAUACGUGGGAACAGAGGUGAGGCUUUCUGUUUCAACUAUUUUCGUGUUAUCUGAUUCGUUGAGUAAAUAAACCGUUAAUUGAUUGCUGUAAACAAUUGGAUAGCCCAGGUAUGAACUGCAACAUAGACCUUAAAGGAAUGUUUUGAAGGAAUGUGUAGGUGAGCUUUUAGAGUUUAUAUUCUUCGCAAUGCAGUUCACCAAAGCCAUAAUUUGCUACUUUAUAAUGUUGUGUUAUGAUGCUAUCAACCAAGCUUGUUUUUUUUCUUUUUAACUGUGCAGUCUUUUAAACAAAUUUACAGGUGCUAUUUGUAAUUGUGGUUCUCCAAGCAAUAUUCAUUGCUUGAAACCACCGAUGUAUUUUGGUACAGCUGAUUAAUUAGACCGAGGUCAUUGUGGUCAAUGCUGUUCCAUGGCACAACCUCGUCAUUGAUUCCAGAUGCCUUAACUGUUUUGGCAUCCACCUUGCGAUUGCUGAGCGGCUUCACUGCAGCACCACUGAAUAAAGUGGCUUUGCUGCAUGUAGUCAACCAUGCAAUCGCAAUAACUGCCAUCCAGUCAUUGAAGCUGGGCCUCACAAAUACAUUUAAAUCCAGAUCACCAAGGUAAGAAGCCGCCAGUCAAUCCUUCAAACAAUGCCACUGCACACUUUAGUCGAGACACACUACUAAUUUGGAGGAGCCAAUAUGAAUAGAUAAUCCAUAUUGAUUUUGGACAGGCUUUACGAUUAUACAACAUACCAGUUUGUGCCGAAACCGGGUUGGUGUUGCGAUGGUUCGUGUACACUUUAUAACGGAGCUCAAAUCUCGGAUGGGGUUCGACUCAAAAUACUUGUUCCUGUGGGGUUGAUAAAAUGAGUACGAUUUUGUAGACGGUCGACAGGUGCCGUCCUGUGAAAAGAAUGAAGAUGAGUACGAACCACACUGCUUAUCAAGGAAACACUGGUUUUGAGAAAAAUACAUAAUCUGUUGUCUGUUCUCCUAUAACACGGUAGCUGCGUUCCUGAAGAAUACCGCGUUAUGGAAAAAAAUCACGUUAUAAUAAAUAAUAUAGCGUAAAGAACAGCCCGUGAAUGCGUGAGAUGCAUAUGCAGGGUGAACAACGACUGAGGCGCCUGGGAAACAUCGAGAAGCAUCCAUCAGCAUCCUACCCUGUGUGAUGGUCCACCAAGGCAAGCCAUGCAUCUGCGUAUUCCUACGCGCGCGACGCAGUUCUGUUCACUCAAUCGCGUUAUAUCCAAUUCGCAUCCGUUUUAUAAAGUGUUCCCGAAAUACAAUUAUAUACAAUUUUCGUUAUGAAAACACGUGUUACAGGAAAACAGACUUUGUGACAUUUUUGUGAGUUAAUUCUAAUGGCUUGUAUGUAGGAUACGUAUUACAUCUACAGCAGGCACAAUUACUCAUUUAAAAUUCAAAUAGAAUUAGAUGACAUGGCAUAGAUGAAUUACCCCGGCAUUUAUUUACGUCUGUGCACAUUUUUGGUCAAAGCACCAAAUACCAAUGCAAUGUCUGCUACCAGUUUCACUUGCACAGGCCCUUGGGAAGGUUAAUGUAACAUUUGUCAUUUUAUUUACCCUGUCAAGCCUCGGUCUCAUUUAGGAGGGUCCUGCUUGGGAUGUCUUGGUCAAUUGAGUAAUUUUUACCUUCGGUAGUUUUUUCUGGUUGCAUGGGUAACCUUUCAGAACCAGAAUCUGUAUUUAGACUGUCGGAAUCCAAUGAGCUGUGAAGCUUGUUCACAGAUGUCCAGUAGAGGUGGGUCGGCAAGUUACUUUAACGUUCCGCCUACUGCAGACUCCCACAUUGCCUAUGAACUUUGUGAUCCAGGUUUGCACAACCAUAUGUAAGCAUCUGCCUUUUGACUGGCAGAUAGGAUGUUCCAGAGUAAACAAACAUUUAUAUUCUUUGUUCUUUCGGUAAAGUCACGUAGAAGUGAAAAAAUAAAAUAAUAAAAAUAUAAAAAAUAAUUCUCACGAUGUUUCGACUGCAACACAGGCAAUCCUCAUCAGGUGCGAUGAUUGCUUGUGUUGCAGUCGAAACGUGAGAAUUGUUACUAUUUUAAUUUUUUAUUUCCCUUCUACGUGACUUUACCGAAAGAACCAAGAAUAUGAAUCCCUGCAGUCACGAAAGCUUUAAAUCAAAACCAUAUUUAUGUUUAUUGCGUUGUGAUAAUAAAAUGCAUGUCACUUGCUAUUGUCAGACAUGCAAGCACAGUAUUUGCUUUUAUAGAUUUAUUUACUUUUUUAUGUUUUUACGCUCGGCAGUGUUGCUUAUGUUGAACCAAUGUAUUGUAAUAUACAUUUUGAAAAAUCUUUACAACUUGUAUUUAAACAUCAAAGACACUAACUGCAUCAAAUGUAAACUUUCAAGGUUUUGUUGCACGAAUUUUUUUUAAAGGUAUUAAAAGCUGAGUUUUUUUUAAA